CACAGCAGACCAUUAUCUGCGCAACAGGAGAGACGGGGAGGGGAAACGCGCAAGGUCUGUCCGCUGUCAGGACAGCAGAGCAAAACUUUACUAACACAUAAAACAACCACAACAACAACAAAAAAAAAUGAGUAUGUACGGCUCCACUUCAAAAUUGGCCACAAUGGGCCAGAAAAGUCAUUCGCGACCGGAUUUGGCGAGUUCAGCUUUUCGAAACGAAAUGUUUUACGGUGGGAACGGCUACCAGGGCGAUUUCCAAGCAGCGGACGGCGGAUACUCCUACACCUUCUCCAGGAGCUCCACGCACGGCGGGGGGUUCGGAGGACAGAAAGUGCAAGUCAGCAAGGGCGGCGGGAGCGGAGGUGGUGGAAUGGGUGUACACCCUAUUCAGCAAAAAUCUCUAUUCCUGACCAGCCAGUGUCAAGAUUAUCUGCAGAGAGCAAGCAUGGUUCUCCAGAAUGGGGGUUCACCUAUGGAGGCGGAGAAGUACAUGCUUAUGGCUGCAGAAUCCUUGGAGCAGCUGAGGGUCUGUGGCCGAGAGCUUCAGCAACUGCGUAUACCUAGUGAUGUUUUCAGAAAUUUAGAACACCUCCAGAACAUGUACGCUGGUACCCAACAGCAACUUGGUAUGGCCAGAAGAGGAAGCAGGGGCAGUGUGGGCUCCCUUGAUGGGGGGAGGAUCUUUAAUGAUGCCAUGGCCUGGAUUGCCCAACAGAAGCGUAUGAUUGAGACAUCGCCAUGGGGGGAUGACUUAGCCACCAUAGAAAACCAAAUCCUAAGCCACAACAAAACCCACAGCUCUAUCCAAAGGAGCCAGGAAGUAGACCGUGCCAGAGAUGAACUGAGGGGCGACAAGUACAACCUUUCCAUCCUGGAACAAGAAUGGGAAAGCUUGCAGAAAAUGUCCUACAGCCGUAUUAGUCAGCUGCGUGAGCUUCAGAACAUCAUUGAGGAAAUCUCCCGAGCCAUCAUGUGGGUGAAUGACAGGGAGGAAGAGGAACUUGUGUUUGACUGGGGAGACAAGAACAUCGACCAGUACAUCCCCAAGAAGCAAGAGAGCUACUCAAGGCUGAUGAGGGACCUGGAGGAGAAGGAGAAGGAGCUAAACAAGCUGAAGGUGAAAGCAGAUGGACUCCUGAACAACAACCACCCUGCCUCGGAUAAGAUUGAAGCCUACAUGGAUACCUUGCAGACCCAGUGGAGCUGGCUUCUUCAGAUCACCAAGUGUAUCUAUGUUCACUUGAAGGAGAAUGCUGCCUACAGUCAAUUUUUCAAGGAGGCCAACGAGACCUAUUCAAAGCUGCAGAAGGAGCAUGAGACUAUCCGAAGCAAGUUCACCUGCGACAAGAACACCCCACUGGAUAACCUCACUGAACUCCUGAAAAACCUGGAGAGAGAGAGGGAGCGAAUCAUGGAAAAUAAAAGACAGGUCCAAAGUCUGGUCAACAAGUCUAAGACCAUUGUCAGGCUGAAACCUCGUAACCCUGAGGAGAAGAGCAGCAGCCCUGUCCUCGUCCAGGCCUUAUGUGACUUUAAACAAGACCAGAAAGGGAUUUUAAAAGGGAAUGAGGGUAUCCUGAAGGACAACUCGCAGCGCAGCAAGUGGCUUGUGACAGGACCUGGAGGUCUGGAUAUGUUGAUUCCCUCUGUGUGUCUGCUCAUCCCCCCACCAAACCCGCUCAGCAUUGGCCUCGCCAACAAGAAUGAGCAGUAUUAUGAAGCCAUCAUGGGCAUCUGGAAUCAGCUCUACAUCAACAUCAAGAGUCUCAUCUCGUGGCAGUAUUGCCUCAAAGACAUCAAUUACAUCAACUCUCUCACUGUCAGCAUGUUGUCCAAGAUGCGUCCUGAGGAGUACCGCAGUGUCAUUAAAAGACUGGAAACUCACUACCAAGAGUUCCUGCGUACCAGCCAGGGUUCGGAGAUGUUUGGGGAGGAGGAUAAGAAAUCCAUCCAGGGCCACUUUGAUAAAGCCCAGAGCUAUUACGAUACAUUGAUCAUCCAGCUGCCUUCUUACAAUGAGGCCAAUAAAGGGGGCGAAGCGGUGAAGCCUGAACCCCCAAAACCAUCUCAGACACACAAGGUUUCCACUUCUACCCUCAGCCUUACCCUGCUCAGUAGCCUGCAAGAAAUUCGACGCAGGCUGGAGCUGGCUGAGUCCGGUCUCACCAGUCAUCUCCAUAUUCCCAUGGGGGACAACAGUGUGCACCACUGCUCAGUGCACAUCCAGAAGCUGCAGACUGUGCACCAAGAUUUGGACUCCAUUCAUGAUCAGUACCUGCGCCUAAGAGAGAAGAUUAUAAAGCAGCUGGAAGGGAUACCAGCAGACUCCGAGCAAGCCAAGUUCCUCCGCUCUGAACUAGAAAUCAUCAACCAAAAACUGGGAGGUCUGCAGGGUCUCUACUCAGCCUACCUUCAAAGGCUGUCAGCUCUUAAGGCUUUGCUUCAGAGCCUUUUUCAGGCUGAGGAUAUCAUUAAAGUCCAUGAGGCCCGCCUCACAGAGAAGGAGACCACCUCUCUGGACCUUCGGGAGGUGGAAAACUAUCGGAGCACGCUAAAGCAAAUGAGGAGUGAUCUGGAGCAAAAAAGAGACCUGCUGACAGCUAUGGAGUCUGACCUGGCUAAAGCAAUUCACUGGAAUGGUCAAAUUUCUGAGUCCUUCCACAAGUGUGACGUGGACUUGUCUAAAUACUCAGACCUGGUGAGUCAGCUGUCUGACCGCUGGCGCCGGAUCCAAACCCAGAUUGAUAGCAGAAUGUGGGAUUUGGAGAAGCAGGAGAAACAGCUGAAACAUUAUCAGCAGAACAGCACUUCCUUGGAACAGUGGAUAGACAAUGCCAGGAAGCGCCAGGACAACCUUCAGAUGGUUAAACUCAGUGACAUCCAGACCCUAAUGGACCACCUCAACCAGCAGAAGGCACUUCACACUGAAAUUAAAGGAAAGAAGGAGAAAGUAGAGGAUGUGCAGAAAAAUGCAGACACCUGUGCUGCAUCCAUAAAGGACUAUGAGUUGCAGCUGGCUUCCUACAGUUCGGGCCUGGAAACUCUGCUUAAUAUUCCUAUCAAGAGAACAAUGCUGCAGUCCCCUGCCUCUGUGGUUAGACAAGAGGCGGCUGACCUCCAGUCCCGGUACAUAGAGCUUCUAACCCGCUCUAGUGACUACUACAAGUUCCUAGGGGAGAUGCUGAAGAACAUGGAAGAGCUGAAGAUCAGGAACACCAAAAUUGAGAUGCUAGAGGAGGAGCUGAGGCGUCUUAAGGAGGACAUCCAGGAUCAUAAUCAGAAAAACAAGUCUCUGGAGGAUGCUUUGUCCCGCUACAAGCUGGAACUCACUCAAUCAAAAGAGGAGCUAAUUUCUAUGGAGAAAGUGAAGAUGACCACAGCAAUGCAAGUCAGUGCUGCCAAGGAGAACCUGGACAGCACACAAAGCCAGCUUCAAGAUCUUAACAGCCAGCUGACCCGCAUUAAAUACCAGCUGGAUGAGGAAAACAGGAAAAGAAGGCUGGCGGAGGAGCGCUACACCAGCCAGCAAGAAGAGUAUGAGGCGUCUGUUCGCCGCAGACAGAAAGAACUGGAAGAGCUCAACUGGAUCAAGAUUGACUUAGAGAAGACUGUGAAGGACAAAGAACGUGAACUGGAGAGGAUGAAGUUACUGCUAGAAGAGGAGGCGACGCGUCGACGAAAUGCUGAAUCAGAUAUCUCAAAGGUAAGAACACAGUGCACCCAGGAGAUUAAUCAACUUAAGCACACAUUUGAGAAAGAGAUCCAUGUUACCAAGACGACGAUCCUGAAAGCAUCACAACAGAAAGAAGAAGAUACAGCAGAACUGAGACAGCAAGUUGACAGACUGACUGUUGAGAAGAGAGAUCUAGAGGAGGAGCUGAGGAGACUGAAACAGUCCAUAGCUCACACCGAAGAGCAGAAGUCCAGAGCAGAGCAGGAGGCCAGCCAGCAGAGGGCCUCAGUGGCACAGGAAACAAGGAUGCGCAGUGAGCUGGAGGUGCAGUUGAGAACCCUCAGGCAGCAGAGAGAAGAGAAUGAGCUUAAAGUAAAGGAAGCCACCAAAAACAAUCAGGAAAAGUCCAGACAGAUCAGCAUGCUAACAUUUAACCUGGAUGAAGAGGGGAAGAAGAGGAGAGCUCUGGAAUUGGAAAUCAGUCACUUAAAACAAGCUGAGUCAGAGCUGAAGGCAAAGAACAUAUCCUAUCUUGAGGCAAUUAACAAGCUUAAAGUGACUGAGCAGGAGAUCCGCAUUACCCGAGUGGAGCUGGAUAAGCAAACCAGUGAGAAAAGCAAAGCCGAGCAGAAUUCUGCCAGGCUGCAAAGCCGUAUCCGUGAACUUCAGUGCUCUCUGGAUGGGAUGGAGGCUGAGUUGGAGAAGCAAAAGAAGGCAAACCAAGAGGAGUUCACCCGUAGAAAGAGGAUGGAGGCUGAGCUGGAGAGGAUGACAGUUACCUGCAGAGAGCACACUACCACAAUUAAUACACUGAAAUCUGUUCAGCUAGAGGUUUCCACCUCAGGAAGGAAGUAUGAGCAAGACCUGAGGGCCCUACAAGAGGCUCUGGACAAGAGCAUGAGGGAGCAUAAACUCACCAAGGAGGAAUUGGCAGCUGUAACAGCUGAGCUGAAGACACUGAAACAGAAGCUCCUGCAGGAACAGGCCCGAAUUCAUGAGCUCAACCAACGUAAUGAGAGUCUGUAUAAGACCAUUGAGGAGAAGAGCCGCCAGCUUAAUGAAUACACUACAGAGAUCGAAAAGCUGAAGACUCUGACACAGAACCUGACAAAGGAGAGACUGAGGUUGGAGGAGGAGCUGAGGGCAGUUAGACAGGAGAGAGAUGAGCUGAAGCUUUCCAAAGACACUAUUGAUGGAGAAAGUGCCACUCAGAUCUCAGCCUUGCAUGUCCAGCUUCAGAGUAGUACCAAGAGGACAGUGGAGCUCCAGGCUCUCAUCAGUGACCUGACCAAGGAGAGAGAAAAGCUUAAAUUGGAAAUAGACAAAUUCCAAAAGCAAUCGAUUGAGACAUCCAUGGUGGUGCAUGAGUCCCAGAGCAAAUACAGUGAGCUGCUGCUGGAGAAGGACAGUUUGCUAUCCAAGCUUAAAUUGCUGGAGCAGGACAAGAAUCGUCAGCAGCGCAUAGAGGAGGAGCUCAGCCGCAUCAAGCUGACACUAGAGACUGAGCUUCGCAACAAACAGCGGCUGAAGGAUGAAAACAGUUCCAUCCUCAAGGAUUUCAACACUAUGAAAAGCCAGUAUGAACUGAGGGACAGCCAGAUUAGGCAGUAUGAAUCAGACAGAGACAAGGCUGAUCGUGAGAGGCUGUCCCUGAAGAAUGAGAUUGAGAGGCUCAUGAGGGAGUUAAAGAUUGUUGAAGAGAGGUACAAGAGCCGGCUGCUGAGCUCUGAAAAGGAGGCAUCAGACCUAGCACUCAAGAGAGAUGUCCUGGAGAGAGAGAUUCAGAGGCUACAGCAGAGACCAUGCACUCUGAGCAGGCAGACCCAGACAGAUGAGAAGGUCCCAUUAGUUGAUCCGUCCAAGUUAACUUUUGAUGGGGUGCGCCGCAAAGUCACAGCCCACCAGCUUUACGAUUGCGGUAUAAUAAGUAAAACCACUCUAGACCAGCUCCUAAAGGGACAGAAGACCGUAAAUGAGGUAGCUGUGGACAUCCAACUUAGUCUGAAGGGUACUGGCAUUAUUGCUGGUAUGACAAGUUCUCAAGGGAAAAUGCCAUUCACUGAAGCUAAAAACAAGGACCUCCUCAGCCCAGAGAGCGCCCUCAUGCUUCUAGAAGCUCAAGCAGCAACAGGCUACAUAGUGGACCCCAAAUUUAAUGAAAAGAUGCCUGUGGAUACUGCCUGUUCCCGAGGGAUUGUAGACACAGAAGACAGAGACAUCUUGGUGACAGCUGAAGCAGCUAGCACAGGCUUCAAAGAUCCAUACACUGGCAAAGUAUUAUCUGUGGGUCAGGCUUGCAAACAGGGCCGCAUAGACAAAGAAACAACCAUCCGCUUACUACAGGCUCAGGAUUCUGUGGGAGGCAUAUUGGAUCCUGUUCUGAGUGUCUACCUUCCAAAGGAUCUGGCCUUGGAUCGCAAUCUUAUUGAUGAAGAGCUCUACGGGGCUUUGCACAAAAAACCUGCCUGCUACCUGGAUCCUGCGACAGGAGAGAAGAUAAGCUAUAACGACCUUAGGAAAAAAUGUACAAUGGAACCUGUUUCUGGCUUGCUUCUGCUACGUGGCCCAGAAAAGCAUAUUGCACACAAAAUAAAGGGUAUCCGUAAAGAUGUCUCUGUCACAGAGCUCAUCAAGGCUGAGCUGUUGGAUGAAACUGAUUUGAUUAAACUUGAUGAAGGCAAGCUCACCAUCAAAGAAAUUGAAGAAAAGCUGAAGUCCUUCCUCUAUGGCUCUACCUGUAUUGCAGGUAUCUACGACGAGGCCAAUGACCGAAUCCUGCCUUUCUAUCAAGCAAUGAAGGAAGGUCUGCUGAUGAGAGGAACCACUCUGGAGCUUCUUGAGGCCCAGGCUUCUUCUGGCUUCAUUGUUGAUCCAGUCAACAAUGUCUUCUUGACAGUGGAGGAAGCUACAAAGAGAGGCCUGAUAGGGAAAGAGUUUAAGAAUAAGCUGUUGUCUGCAGAGAAGGCAGUAACUGGAUACAAAGACCCAUCCACAGGAAAGACAAUCUCCCUCUUCCAGGCUAUUGAGAAAGAACUUAUUGAGAAAGGUCAUGGAAUCCGUCUGCUUGAGGCUCAGAUUGCCAGCGGUGGGAUUAUUGACCCCAUUGAGAGCCACCGUAUUGAUGUCGCUGUUGCCUAUAAAAGGGGGUAUUUUGAUGAGGAGAUGAAUGAGAUCCUAACUUAUGAAGGAGAUGACACAAAGGGGUUCUUUGACCCUAAUACCAAGGAAAAUCUAACAUAUCUUCAGCUGAAGGACAGGUGCAUCAAAGAUGCCAAAACAGGCCUUAUACUCCUACCCCUCAAAGACAAGAGGAAGCCCCAGAAAUCGCAGGAAAGCCGUACCAAUAUCCUCCGCAAAAGACGGGUUGUGAUUGUUGACCCAGACACUGGACUGGAGAUGUCAGUGAGGGAGGCAUAUCACCGGGAGCUGAUUGACUAUGACACCUUCCUGGACCUGUCCGAGCAAGAAUGUGAGUGGGAGGAAAUAACUGUCAAGGGACCAGAUGGUGCUGCACGUUUGGUGAUAGUGGAUAGGAAAACAGGAACCCAGUACGACAUCCAGGACUGUGUGGAGCGUGGGAUCAUUGACCAGACGUCUUUUGAUCAGUAUCGUUCUGGAAUGCUCACCUUGACCCAGUUUGCUGACAAAAUUACCAGUAGAACCAGCAGCACUGAGAUGACCAUUUCAGCCAGCAGUGUUGAUGACAUGGUCACCUGCAGCAGCCCCACCCAGGCUACACCAUCCUCCCCAACUGUCCGCAAACGCUUCAGCAGUAUUUCUAUUACUGUCUCUCCCCCUGAGAUGUUUGAUGACCAGAGCCCUGUGGCAGCCAUAUUUGACACAGAGACACUGGAGAAGAUAACAAUUCCUGAAGGGCUCCGAAGAGGCAUAGUUGACACUAUUACAGCACAGAGGUUGCUUGAGGCCCAGGCAUGCACAGGUGGUAUUAUCAACCCUGCCACUGGCGAGAGACUGUCACUGCAGGAUGCUGUCCAUCAGAGCAUCAUUGAAGAAAGCAUGGCUAAUAAGCUGAAACCUGCUCAGAAAGCCUAUGUUGGUUUUGAGGAUGUGAAGACUAAAAGAAAGAUGUCUGCAGCAGAAGCAGUAAAGGAGACAUGGCUGCCUUAUGAGGCAGGUCAGAGAUUUUUGGAGUUUCAGUACCUGACAGGAGGCCUGGUUGAGCCUGGCUCUGGACGUCGCAUUACCAUUGAAGAGGCUAUCCGCAAGGGGUGGCUGGAUGGUCAAGGGGCCCAGAAGCUUCAGGAUACACGGAACCACCAGAAAAACCUGACCUGUCCCAAGACAAAACUGAAGAUCUCCUACAAGGAAGCCAUGGACAACUGCAUGGUAGAGGAAAGCAAUGGCAUGAAGAUGCUGCAGGCUUCCUCAAUGUCCACUAAGGGAAUCAGCAGCCCUUACAAUGUCUCUAACCCAGGAUCUCGCUCUGGGUCCAGGGCUGGUUCCCGUGCUGGCUCCAGGAGUGGAUCUCGUAGGGGCAGUGUGGAUUACUCCUCUACUUACACCUACAGCUUCUCUUCCUUCAGCUCCAACAGUCUCUCUUAAAGCACAGCACAGAAAAACUCUCAUUAUAACUCGAAGUUCCUAUGCAAUUUGAGUACAUUUUUAACAGUUUGCUUUUCUGCUACUUAUUAGAUAUUGGGAGAGUUGUUCAAAUGCUGAAUCUGAUUCAUUCAAACGUUUUGAUUAUUUGCAGUUUUUGGUGAUUUGGUGUUUGAAUAUCGUGCAUAUUUUUGAGUAUAAUUCUUUUUCUUCUAACGCAUACAUUUUGAAUGGAUAUAUUUUUCAUAGCUCAUAUCAACAUAUGGCUUUUUUAGAAUGUAAUGUCAUGUUAUUUUAAAAUGUGCUUGUUGACUUCAACUUCACUAUGCCCUCAAAAUUAAUUUAGCUAUUUUUAUUCUUAGUUUAUUGCAGCUUGAGUCAUGUAUGUUUCCUUCUAUUUUUUUAAGAAAAAAAAAACGUUUUGUUAACUGCAAAUGCUGAAGUUUAGCUCAAGAGGCUGACUUGAAAUAGUAUGCAUUAG